UGACCUGGAAAUACCAUUAUCUCAAGAAAAGCACAGCCAAGCAUUGAAAAAGUGCGUUUUAAAAAAGAAAAAAGGGGAUCAUUUUUGAUGACUUAUGAAGAUUUGCUACGACUAUCAAACAGUAUCAAAAUAUCAUAUUCUUACUUCAGAGUGAAGGAGAGAAAAAAAGACUAGAUUGUUUUUUUUUUUGGUUUUUUAGAAACCAUUCUUUGUGGGGAAAAGCGCUCAUUGGACGCCAAUCGCCCCCAAACGAGCUUUUCUACCUACUGUUUGAUUGGUGUGUCACAGGAUGGAUUUUUAAUUGUUGUUUGUCGCAGUUUUUAUUUUUUAAGAGAGGCGAGACAAUCAGAUAGAGUCUGGAAUUGAUCCAGGGAUUUUUCAGAACUAUUAUUAAUUGGACAUCGAUCUCAUUUUUGAAGGGCGUAUUUCGCUUUUGCUGUAAGAAUGUCAGGCUUUGUCCCACAUUUACUUCUCUCAUUUUUUGUUCUUUUGGGAGCGGUGUGGAGUGCAUCAUACCCCCAGAGAUACAACCUGUAUAUGGGGCAGCUCCAGACCACACAGCCCCAGCAGCCGAAUGUGUUGAGGGCUUCCAGCAGACACAGAAACUACUGUGCGUAUGUAGUAACUCGAACAGUGAGCUGCGUGGUGGAGGACGGUGUAGAGACCUAUGUUAAGCCAGACUACCAGCCAUGCUCCUGGGGGUCGAUUCAGUGCUCUCGCGUAGUAACGUACCGAACAUAUAUGAGACCUAGGUACAAAGUAGCUUACAAGAUGGUUACGGAGAUGGAGUGGAAGUGUUGUCAUGGCUACUCAGGAGAUGACUGCGCUGAAGGACCCACAGAAGGCCAGUCACAAGGGACCCAAAUCUCCACAGUUAGGCCCCGACCCAAACCAAUACGUCCAGGACAGACGGGCUCCAACUCUGGGAAUGUACAGAUGGAAGGAGAAGGAAGGCAUGACUCCGACAAGGUGAAACACUUAGAAGGCAAGGUCCAGAGUCUGACCAAAGAACUUCAUGAUCUCCAGUCCACCCUGCGAGGGAUGAAUGAAAAGUUUCAUGAGGAGAUCCGCAAGACCCUAGUGACAGCCCUCAAUGGCAAGCAGCCAGCUGAUGCUGCACACCCAGAGAUGAAGGAAACCCUCAGUGACAUUCAGAAAACGAUACAGCAUCUUGACAACCGUAUCCAGGUCCAUGAUAAAGAGCUGAACUACCUGAACAACAAAUCUCAGACAAAUGGUGAAGGGGGUGAAAACUUCAUUGAACAUUCAGACACUAAAAUGAACCAAAAACUCACCGACCUGAAGGAAGAAAUUGUGAGAGACUUGGAAAAAAGGCUCCAGCAGUAUUGCUCUGGCUGCCAAUUGCAAGUGGAGGACUUGAGGAAGCAGCAGGAGGAAGACAGAGACAGGAUCCGGGGGCUAGAGAAACUCAUUAACUCUGUGGACCAGCGGAACAAGCAUGUGAUGGAGAUUGUGCAGAAACAUGUGUCAAGUUCAUCCAACCAGCCUUCAAGGGACUGCUGUGCCCAAGUGGACCAAAUUGAACAUAAAGUCAGUGACAUUGAGAGGAAGCUAUAUUCUGUCUCUGAGGCUUACAAUGUUUUGAAUGGGCGGCUAGACAAUGAGUUGGCCGAGAUUGAGAAGGAGGACAUUUUGAAUAGAGAAGAGAAAACAAGUGCCCUUCUGGAAGACUUGGAAAGUCGUCUAAACAUCACAGAGAGGAAUACAGAAGAGCAUUGUCUCUUUGUCCAAACCGAGCUAAAGGGUUAUUUCCAUAAGGAGAUAAAUGACUUGAGAAAUGAGUUUAAUGAUAGGUUUGAUGAAAAUGGAGCCAAAAUAUCUAACAUAGUUCAAAAUGUGAACAGCUUAAAGGACAGAAUUGUUGACCAUGGCAAAGGCCUUGACAAAGUCUUCAUCCUUACAUCUGACAUGGAGAAUCAAUUGACUUCAGCAGUUAACAGUUGUGCUAAAAUCUGUGUCAGCAGUGGUCCUCCACAUCCAGAAGUUGAUGACUCUAAAAUGUCAGAUGUAGUGAAAAAAUUGGAGUGGAAGGUCAUUGUAAAUGAAGAAGAGAUUAAAAACUUUGGAAACAAGAUAAAGAACCUCUCAAUCUCUGGCGAUUUACUGAAGAACACAGUGGUAGAUAUUGGCCAUGAUGUACAGAAACUGAAGACCUUGAUAGGACACAAUGGUGAACAUUUCAAUAGGAUUGUUACUAACAUAGAGAACCUUGAGAAAGAACUAGAUUACAAUACCUUAACAAGUCUUACCAUUUACAGCUCUGUGAAAAACCAACUAGUUUCUCUGCGGAAUGAGACAGAAGACUACUUAGAUAAGCUGGCUAUGGAUCUGAAUAACAUACGUACCAGAGUGGAUUCUGGGGACACAACUUGUGCCCAAAUAUGCUCAAACCUACAGGAAGAAGUCGGGAAACUAAAGGAAGAAGUAGAAAAAUGCAGCGGACAAUGUAAGGUAGUCUUGAAGAGGCCAGAGGGAGGCCAGGUAGGAGGGGAUGAUCUAAACCAGCAGAAACCUUUAGAUGGACACAGUGUUAUCGGCGGGACAUCCAGCGUCAACUUGAAGUCUAUUCAAGGAGAGCUUUCAGAGGUCAUUCUGACAUUCAACUCCAUUAAUGACACACUCAAGGGCCUUGAACAUACAGUGCAGAAGCACAUUAGUGUUAUCCAUGACCUGGGCACCACUAAGGACAAAAUCAUCUCUGAAAUCAACAAAAUCCAGCAGGAGGUGAAUGAGCACAUUGAGGACAGCAAAGGCAGGUUCGACCAUGUCAGUAGGGAGAUCCAUCGGUUUGGUAACAACUUCAUGGUAGAAAUGGGUGAGUGUAAACACUCAUCUGAUGGACUGGAAAAGAGGAUUUCCAAGAUGGAGAACCUUUGCGGAAAGUUUGACACAGUAUCAGGCAGCUUGGAAAGAAUUAAGGAUGGCCUGAACAAGCAUGUGUCCAGCCUCUGGAACUGUGUGCAUGGGUUGAAUAGCACAGUCAUUACCCACAGUGGCUACUUGGACACCAUUCAGAACACACAGCUGGAUGAAAUUAAUCAACGACUAAACUUCUUGAACUCCUCUAUGCUCACCUUAUUCAAGGAGUUCCAGGACUUUACCCUUCAGGACGUUAUGGGACUUCCAGGUCCAUUAGGCCCCCAGGGAGAGAGAGGUUUCCAAGGACCCCCUGGACCACAAGGGCCCCCAGGCAGGGAUGGAGCCACAGGCAGACCAGGAGAACAAGGACCAAUGGGACCCCCAGGUAUCAGAGGCGAACAAGGUCUUCCUGGUUUAGAUGCAUCGCUACCAAAGGUUUCAUUUUCAGCAGCUCUGACAUACCCACAGGUGGAUGCUGGAACAAUCCUUUUCGAUAAGGUCUUGGUGAACGACGGCCACUUCUACGAUCCUUCUACUGGAAUCUUUAAGGCUCCUUAUGAUGGGCGAUACUUCUUCAGUGCCAUCUUGACAGGCCACAAGAAUGAGAAGAUUGAAGCCGUGCUCUCCAAAUCCAACUAUGGGAUUGCACGGGUGGACUCUGCUGGAUACCAGCCUGAGGGGCUGGAGAACAAACCUGUGGCUGAAACCAAGCCCACCCCAGGCACCCUAGCCGUCUUCAACAUCAUCCUCCCGCUGAAGACUGGAGACACGGUCUGCAUUGACCUGGUCAUGGGCAAACUGGCACACUCUGAUGAGCCGCUCACAAUUUUCAACGGGGCACUUGUAUAUGAAGAUGAUGUGUAAUACAAUUUAAUGUGACAGACGAUAACUGCUGUUUCUUUUUCAUCAUUUUUUUAAUUAAGAGGAUAAUAAACGGCUAACAGUAGAAUAUAUUCUUCCUCAACACAAAAAGUACAUGGAAUGGCUGCCAUUGAGAUUCAUUGUUAUCCCACAUGACAUAAAUUCUGGAGGACAAUAUAAAUGAGUUACAAAUGGUUUUCGUCACAAGUAAUAUAUUAGCAUUGCCUGAAUGUGAGAAUUGUAGCCAUUAGCCACCGGUUUUAAAAGAUGUUCAACCCAAGAGUACUGAAAUAUAUAAUGUUAAAAUGAAGUUACUAUUGUUAGAAUGAAUAGUCUACUUUGUAAUUUGUACUGUAAACAUGGAUUAUAAGAGGUCUUGCACUUGACAACAAAAAUACCUCUAACUUUGCACAUCAUUCAAUGAUAUUUUAACCAUAACAAAAGAUGAUCUAAAAUAUGUAAAUCACAUUUAAAACAAAACGUUGCAGCCACAGUAAGAAAUGGCCUAUCUUUAUUUUAAUUCAGUUAAAUGUAUUCUAACAACAACAACUCUGUAGAUAACUUUAUUCAUAAAGAUUCUCACAAUUAAUAAAAUAUGAUACUUGAGAAUUAAAUAUUUUUUAUCAUGCAAGACAAAACUCCCAUUUAUAAUGCCAAUAGUUUGGCUACAGCUAAAAUUGCCUUUGGGAAAUGUAAAAAAGAAAAAAGAAAACACUGUAAACAAUCCAAGAGGUGUAGUAAAUGGACACUAGUAUUUUAUAUUGAAUUAACCACUUUUAAUGGCUUUUGACAUAACCAGAUUAUGUCAACCAAACUUUAUAAGCUGCCCAUUACAAUGUUAAUGACAGCUCCUGGUGUUUUUUGCGUAAGAUAGCUUUUGUUUGUUAGAGCAGUUUCUUGGGAAAGGUUUGAACAUGAAUUUAAAUAUUUGUUAAAACCAGCUUCGUUUGUAGUAGUUUAAAUCGCCGUUAUCAAGGAUUAGUCAGUGUUUUGUUCACAGAUAUGCGUAUGUUAAAUAAAUACUAAAGACCUUAUAACCCUUAAGUGUGGGGAACAUAAGUUAUGAUGGGUUCUACAUAAGUGAGAUAAUAAUAUAUCUAACCACAUUGUGAAAAAAAUGUAUGAAAUAUAUAUAUAUAUAUAUAUAUAUAUAUAUAUAUAUAUAUAUAUAUAUAUAUAUAUAUAUAUAUAUAUAUAGACAGUGCAGUGAAAAAGUAUUUGCCCCCUAUCUGAUUUUCUGUAUUUUUGCCCAAUAUAAAUCUGACUAACUCUGGCCCUUACCAUCAGAGUGAAGUUGUCAGCACACAGGUUCUAGAGGCACAUCAUGCCACAAACAAAAGAAAUUCCUGAAGACCUCCGGAAAAAAGUUGUUGAUGCCUAUCAGUCUGGAAAGGGUUACAAAGCCAUUUCUAAGGUUCUGGGGCUCCACCGAACCACAGUCAGAGCCAUAUUGUCCAAAUGGAGAAAGUUUGGGACAGUAGUGAAUCUUCCCAGGAGUGGCAGUCCUGCCAAAAUCUCUCCAAGACCAAGGCGUAAAAUCGUCCAGGAAGUCACAAAGAACCCUAGAACAACAUCCAGGGAUCUGUAGGCCUCUCUCGCCUCGGCUAAGUCAGUGUUCAUGACUCUACCAUCAGAAAGACACUAGACAAAAAUGGGAUUCAUGGCAGAGUAGCAAGGCGGAAACCAUUGCUCACUAAGAAGAACAUGAAUGCUUGUCUCAAGUUUGCCAAAAAGCACCUGGAUGAUCCUCAAGAGUUCUGGAACAAUGUUCUAUGGACAGAUAGUCAAAAGUGGAACUUUUUGGCCGACAUGGGCCCCGUUAUGUCUGGCGAAAACCAAACAUUGCAUUCCACAGUAAGAAGCUCAUACCAACGGUCAAGCAUGGUGGUGGUAGUGUCAUGGUUUGGGGAUGCUUUGCUGCAUCAGAACCUGGACGCCUUGCCAUCAUUGAAGGAACCAUGAAUUCUCCUCUGUAUCAGAGAAUUCUAAAGGAGAAUGUCAGGCCAUCCGUCUGUGAGCUGAAGCUGAAGUGCAGCUGGGUCAUGCAGCAAGACAAUGAUCCGAAACACAUUAGCAAGUCUACAUCAGAAUGGUUGAAGAACAAGAAAUUUCAAGUAUCAGACCUAAACCCCAUUGAGAUGUUGUGGCAGGACCUGAAAUGAGCAGUUCAUGCUCGAAAACCCACAAAUGUCACUGAGUUGAAGCAGUUCUGCAUUGAGGAGUGGGACAAAAUUCCUCCACGGCGCAGUGAGAGACUAAUCAAUAACUACAGGAAGUGUUUGGUUGCAGUUAUUGCUGCUAAAGGUGGCUAACCAGUUAUUGAGUCUAAUGGGGCGAUUAUUUUUUCACACGGGGGCAUUGGGUGUUGCAUAACUUUCUUUAAUAAAUAAAUGAAAUAUGUAUCAAAUUUUUGUGUUAUUUGUUCAUUCAGGGUCCCUUUUAUCUAAUAUUAGGUUUUGGUUGAAGAUCUGAUAACAUUCAGUGUCAAAAAUAUGCAAAAAUGCAAUAAAUCAGACUGGCAAAUACUUUUUCACGGCACUGUAUAUAUAUAUAUAUAUAUAAUAUAUAUAUAAUUUAACUUUACUGUCACUCAGUAGUAUUUGUUGCAAUGCCAGCUUUGCUCCUUAAAGUGUAUACUGAUGUGUCUGUACACUUGUAUAUAUCUAUAUUACACCAAAACAUGUUUUUUAUUCCACUGUUUAUUUGCCAACACAUUUAUUAAAUAAAGAUAUUUAAAUUGUA